GAGAGAUCGUUCGAUAAGUGUCGUUUAUUGUUGUUUCGCGGAAGUGUCACGAAGUGCGUUAUUGUUUCGAAAGUAUCGGUUCUGUGUGCCGUGCGUAUUCGAACGUGCACCGAUUACGUUCCUACUAGUCUCGCGAUCGACGGGACUGUCGCGCCUGUGAUAUAUUUUAUUUUUUCUUCAUUUCAUUCCGAGACUGCAGUUCCGCUGAUCACGGUACACGCAGAUGACGCGAUGACGCUGCAUUGGUGGAUGCACUGGUUCUGGGUUACCGCUCAAUUUCUCGUGAUCUUAGGGAACCCAGUGCCGUCGACCACGACGGAACCACGUGUCCAGAGCUCGGAAACGACGCCGGAAGUCUCCAUCAUGGACACGGGAACCGUGGUGCCGCAAAGACAGAGCUUUCGUGUCGCGAAAGCGAUCGGUUUUCAUCCGUCCACGAACGCAGCGAUGGUCCUGGACAGGCUGUCGUCAACCACCGUCACGAGCCCCUUGGAGCCACGGGGGAACGUCGUCGUGACUCCUGUCGCCGCGGAGGACUUCCGGCGCAGCGGUGUCGGUAACUCGAACGAUACGGCCGGUAAGGCAGGGAACUACGACAGGAUACGUAGCCCAGUGACGAAGAAGGAUAGCAAGAUCACGUGGAUCCUGACGACGAACAAGACCGUCAGGUCGAAGUACGAGCAGGAGGAGAAAGUCGAGGAGGAGGAGAUGAUUGGGAACCGGAACGACAGCGUGGACUUCGUCGAGGAUCUCACGGUGCUGCCUCUUCAGGAAGAGGUGUCUAGAAUCAGGCUGGUACUGAACAAGACCAAAUCAUCGACGUUGUUGUCCUCCUCCUCCUCCUCUUCGUUAGCCUCCUCGUCCGCUGGGGCUUCCGGUAUCAGGACGUUUAACAGGUCCGACGACGACGUCGAGAUCGACGAGGAGCUGGUCGAGCCUCAGCUGUUCGCCACCGCUGCGUCGAUCCUCGAAGUUGGCGUGAGCGAGCCCACGCGACUUAGCCGAGCGAGAAGCGCGUUUCCCAAAGAUUUCCAAAGGGAUCAGGUCCAAGAGGAUCAUAUACCGGACUACAACGACGGCGAGAACUCGAAGCAAGAGGGCGUCGCGAGAUCCACCGUGGACAUCGCCGCCAUUACCGGAAGCUGUCUGGCGACCGUUGUUUUGCUAAGCACAAUGGGCAGCCUCGGAUUCAUUAUGUACAGGCGUAGGUACCUGAAUCCACCGCAGACCCUGAACAGCGAUAAGUGUAGUAACCCCGAUAGUUCCGGAUAUAUUGACGAUUCCACUAUUCGUGAUAAUUCCGAGGAGAUGUACAGUUUGGAUAACGACUCGUUCCUAAAUUCGUUGGAGGCGAUGACAAUACAGAACUACUGGACGGACAGUGUGAAGCACACGAAGCUAUGACAAAAGAAAAUAAUCCAGCCGGUGAAGAGGAUGGAAACGUUCAGUAUUUCUGACGGUGAAGUGCACGAACAGAUUUCAUUGUUGGAGCAAUAGUACUUAAAAAAAAAACUCGACGCGUGCCGGACAAUUUUUUGAAAUCGGUACACGAACUGGAAAUGGAAUACUUUCCGGGUACACACCGUAACUUUUUCAAUUUUCACUCCGAUUUUUCGCGAAGUUUCGCAUAGAGCGAACAAAUCGUGUUUUUUUAUCCGUUCACCCGCAGGUAUCCUAGGCGUGUACAGGCGCGAGGUUUUCGAGGGAAGAGCAGCUGACGACACAUCAAAAUUACAGGACGCGCGCACGCAUUCCUAUAGUCGUGUUGGUAGUGGUAUCGGGCGCGCGCGCGCGCGUGUUGUGUGCUUCGCGUCGUGCAUCGAUACGCAACACAGAGUAUUCUUCUAUAACGCCUGGAUUUUGAUUUUGUCAGUAGCACCGUUCCGUAAUAUAUUUUUCUACCGCGAUAAUAAACCGAUAGGUGUGAAUGUUUUACGGGGAUGACAGCGACGCCGAUCGCUUUCGUUUCGAGCGGCAGUAAAAAAAACGAAAAGAAAUAAUUGGUCAGUGCAAUAAGAAAUGUACUUUGUCGAUGGGAUGGUUAACGAACAAUUUUUUUUUAGGACAGUAAGUACAAAUAAAACUAUUAAUUUUUAGCUAGGGAUAACUAGGGAAGAAAGUGGCAGAGAGAGCAGGGAGGAGGAGAGAGGUGAUUUAAUAAGAAUGAAUUCCUACGAAUCGUCGGAGAAUACUUCCAAACUGUACAGGAUAACCCAGCUGACUUUAUCGCCAAAGUCAUUUUCUUUUGUUUGGGGUAUUUUACAUAGAAACUAAUCGGUAUGAUUUUACAAUUGAAUAUCAUUUUUAUUGACUUUGAAUAAUCACCUUGAACCGCGAGGUGAGAAACUUCUGUUAAGAAUUGAUAUUUCUUCCGAAGGAACUGUAAAAUUUCGUAGCAGAAAGGUUCUACUGUUAUAAUGCGUUCAACAGUGAUAAAGUCAACGGGACAGCCUGUGUACAUGUAAUUAUGAACUUCUAUUUGUACCAGUAAUAUUUAGCUAUCUCUUCUUAAUUCGAGAUCCAGCUUGAACAUUUCUCACGGUCUUCGAACUUGAAAGAGUACACACGGUUCUAAUAGGGUAACAGAAAUCAAUUGAUUUGCUUGCACAUGUACGGUCGACUUGAAAUACAUACAAUAUUUUCGACACGCAAUCGGGCUAACGAAAGGAUCGGACCAAAUACAUAAGUAGUUUGUAGCUUUACGCCUUUAUAACAUAUCCAGCAGAACAUUGAGAAGAAAGCGACGACUCGACCCGUGUUUUCCACUACAACCACUUCUAGCUUGUAUAUAUGUACAUGUACGUUUACUGUACAAUAAAUACGGAUGUAUCUUCUAGGUGUGCAAGUUUUCCGUGGCGGAUCUCGACCGCCGUCCUCGAAAUACGAUUUACGUUCUAGUAGGAAGUUAGUGGCAUGUUGUUUCAAAUAUAUUUCUAUACCAAGCCUCGCGCGUUCGAGGAGAAGAAGAGUUUAUUGUGAUAGAUUGUAGCGUUUAAUAAAUGUAAAAUAAUCACCGAUUCGUCUAAUGGUACCGGUUGUGAAUA